GAAGAAGGAUGUGUUUACUCGUCUGUCUGUUCUCAAGCCGUCAGAUCUGUUUGGGCCAUCGCUUUUGGUAAAGCCUGGAAACACAGAACCAACCAUGCUCCGCUGCAGAAAGUGUCGGAAAGGCGUCGUAGAGUUGGCCUGUCUGUCAAUGGCCACAAAUCAAAGGUCAGCUGCGGUUUGCAGUAUCUGGCAUGUGAAUGUUGACAAGUUGCCAGAGUGGAUACUGAAUUCAGCUCUUCAGGCUCAGUGGACCACGGGAAAGCUGAGCUGCUCUAACUGCGGGGCUCGUUUGGGAGGUUUUAACUUUAUUAAUCACAGUGAGUGCCCUUGUGGCCAGGAUGCCACAGUCCACCUAAGUAAAAGCCGUGUGGAUUAUGACCACAAGCACAGCUUCCUCAUCAUCCAGCCAAAAAGAACAAGACCUAGAAAGGGACAGCCUGGUCUGCUGACGGAUGGCCCUCCAUGCAAAGAGGAGACGCUCGGAGUCAGUGCCACUACACUGCAAAGUUUACAGCUCAACUGUGCUGCUGUCGUGUCUCAUGCCAGCCCUGCUGGGCCCUCAGAGCCACUCACUGAAAGUAAAAACACUCAGCUAUUUUCUUUCAGUCCCCUUAAUUGCAUCUCAUGUAGGAGAAGGUGUAAUUUGGAUGCUGAUGGAGACUUCAGACCAUGCUCUUUCCCUGCCGCCCCUUCAGACAUCUCUGUUGUUGAUGCAUUGGGCUCUAGGUCAUCUGCUUCAUAUCCUGCUGGUCAUCAGUCUGACACAAACGGUCAAGUUUCAUUUAAUAUUUUACCGUACAGUUCAGAUGUUUCUGGAGGUAGACAGUCCCCUCUACGUCAACAGAUACCACAGUCUCUGGAGGUCGUUGAGUCUUUUGCGGAUGCCACCUCGGUACCCACAGAGGUUUCUGCUUCAGUCCUGCUGCUUGAAAGAAGAUCUCCCUCUGACAGAUCAGCUGAUCUGGAAGUGGACGCUGUGCCUCAAGUAUCUUUGGGCUCCCUGUUGUCGAUAAGACAGAGGAAAAGAGAGAAGAAUCGCUUGAAGAAUCAACGGAGGAAGGAGAGGAGGAAAGAGAGAUGGCUGAACAGUCACCUGGAGAAGGAGCAGGAUGAGAGUGUGACUGGUUCACCUAUGGACAGUGAAGAGGAGGACGUAGAUGGCCUGACCUGCGCCGUGUGUCUCGACAUUUACUUCAGUCCGCACAGUUGUCAGCCCUGCGGUCACGUCUUCUGUGAGCCGUGCCUCCGCACGCUCACCAAGAACCACCCGACAAAAACCCCCUGUCCUAUGUGCCGUACCUUCAUUUCACACACCAGCUUCUACAAGGAGCUCAACCAGAUGGCAAAGACGUUUUUCCCAAAGGUCUACAUCACCCGCAAGCAGAACUUCCACAAUUCUUCCUGUGCAAAAUGGCCAUUGCCCAGCUUUCGCAGAAGCCUCCCAUCCUUUUGUGGAUAUCUGAGAAAUGCAGCGAUGCCAGGGAGACGCCGGCACCUUGCACACGGAGGCCUCACUCUUAUGGCUUUGAACCUCAAUGGCAUGUGCGACUGGCUUUUUGACACAUUCGUCUACAUCCACGUAAUGAACUGGAUCUUGGUCUUCCUCUUCAUCUGCAUACUGUUGUACUUCUUCUUCUGAGACCCUGAAGCGUGAAUGACUGUAGCUAGUAUCCAGUUUAUAUUUCCUUAAGGAGCGUUAGUAAUAUGGGUUAUGCUGGAUUCAACCAUUUAGUCGAAUGUUUGACCUCCUGCUUUUUAUUACAGAGAUGAUCAAGACAUACAAGAUGUGACCAAUGUAAUGGGUUGAUACAGUGUGACUUAUGAAGAGCUUAUUUCAUGCCUUUGUUGCUUUGAUGAGUUGAUGUAAAUACAUUUUAUGGUGUACAAAGUCAAAGCAACCUUGUUAUGCGCAUGAUUAGAGUAAAACCUUUGUUUCAUAGUUUCCCAAAGUGAUUUUUUUAAUAUAUUUAUUUUUAGACAAAUUGAUUCAAAAUAUUGGGGAAAUAUGUAUGUUUUCUUUUUGAAAAUAAGAUGACAAGAUCAAUAUAAUAUAUAAGGCUGAAUGUUAGUAUUUUCUACAGAUGGCAAAUAUUUUAAUAGUUGUGCUUAAUAUCAUUACUUGUAUAGAAAUUAAGUAUUGGCAUUCUUGCAUUACAUCAGAGAUGCGUCCUGUUUUUCUGUGUGUUCAUAUAUAUGUGUUUACAGCUCAGCAGGGUUGAAGGAACAGACAAUUAAAAGCAGAGUAUAUUUAACACUCAUUAGUGUGACUCCA